AUCUUCUCUGUUUUAUCUCUCCCUGUUCUGCCUCAAAUUAAUUCAACAAGAAAUGAUAAUUCCACUGCAACUCCUUCCUCCUCUAACCCAAACCCAAACCCAAACCCUAACCCUAAACCGUCUCCCCUCCCUCAACCCUUCCCCGAAACCCCAUCCCAAAACCCUCCUCAACUGCCUCACUCCUCUCCAAACUCCCUCCGCACUCACUCCCCACCUCACCACCGCCACCGAUCCGCCGCAACCAACCUCCGACUCCGGCCUCCGCUUCCGCGAGAAGCUCCUCUACCUCCAAACCCUCAAAGUCAAUCCCUCCAAAGCCCUCCACAAGAACCCUAAUUUCCGAUCAGCCCCACUCGACUCCCUCAAAUCAGUCGAGAAAUGCCUCUGCUCCAUGGGCAUCGACCGCUCUGCCUUGGGCCGCAUCUUCGACAUGUACCCCCAGCUCCUCACCUGCGAUCCCUACUCCGAUCUCUACCCUGUUUUCGACUUCCUAUUGAACCACGUCAAUAUCCCUUUGCCCGAUAUCCGAAAAUCGAUCAUUCGCUGCCCGAGACUCUUAAUUUGCAGUGUAGAUCACCAAUUGAGACCCGCUUUACGUUUCCUAGAAAAUUUGGGGUUUGUGGGGAAACACGCAUUAACUUGCCAGACCACACUGUUGUUAGUUUCGAGCGUCGAAAACACGCUUAUGCCCAAGCUGAAUUACUUGCAAGAUUUGGGUUUUUCGUAUGAGGAGGUGUCGAGGAUGGUGUUGAGGUCGCCGGGGUUGUUGACGUUUAGUAUUUCCAAUAAUUUUGGGCCGAAAGUGGAGUAUUUCUUGAAGGAGAUGAAUGGGGAUUUGGCAGAGCUAAAGAGGUUUCCGCAGUAUUUUUCGUUUAGUUUGGAGGGGAAGAUAAAGCCUCGGCAUCAGCUCUUGGUGGAGAAUGGGUUGUCUCUUCCGCUGCCGCAGAUGUUGAAGGUCAGUGAUGGGGAGUUCAAUACGCGGCUGAUUGAGAUGCAAUUGCGAUUAGUUGAUGAGAGACAGUCAUAGUAAGUUUCCUUGCAAGUUGCAACUUAUAUUAUGUAUACUUUGCUUCGAUAGUGAAAGUUCAUGACUUAUAUGUGUUUGAUGGUCAAAUGUACAUUUUUUGUGCAAUAUAGCGUCUUUAUUUAUUCAUAAGAGACAAUUGUUUGAUUCCCUCAAUUGUUCUCUAGACAUGAAGUGGAAGUUAGAAGCUGUAGUAAGAAACCUAGUUAACAAAAUUAAAUUGGUCGUAAUUUACAUUUUGCA